CCGGUUCCCACUUUUGCUCUGGUUGGACUUCCUUCUCUUUUUCCCCUCACAAUGCAGGCCCCCGUUCUUGUUCUGCAGCAGAACACCAAGCGCCAGCACGGCCGCAAGACCCAGAUUGAGAACAUCAAUGCUGCCAAGACUGUCGCCGACAUCAUCCGCACCUGCCUGGGCCCGCGCGCCAUGCUGAAGAUGCUGCUUGACCCGAUGGGCGGCAUUGUCCUGACCAAUGAUGGUAACGCCAUCCUGCGCGAGUGCGACAUCGCCCAUCCGGCCGCCAAGUCCAUGAUUGAGCUGUCCCACACUCAGGAUGAGGAGGUCGGCGAUGGCACCACCUCGGUCAUUGUCCUGGCCGGCGAGGUCCUCAAUGUGGCCCUGCCCUUCGUCGAGGGCGACAUGCACCCGACCGUUAUCAUUCGCGCCUUCAGCCAGGCGCUCGAGGAGGGUCUGGCCUUCUACAAGACCAUCGUCAAGCCCAUUGACAUCCACAACCGCGAGGAGAUGAUCUCCACCAUCCGCAGCUCUCUCGGCACCAAAUACGUCAGCCGCUGGAGCGACCUCAUGUGCGACCUGGCCUACCGGGCGGUCUUCACCGUGGCCGUGCACGGCGACGGGUCCGAGAACUCCCGCAACGAGGUGGACAUCAAGCGCUUCGCCAAGGUGGAGAAGGUUCCCGGCGGUGAGAUCGAGGAGUCUCGCGUGCUGGACGGUGUGAUGCUCAACAAGGACGUCACCCAUGCCCAGAUGCGCCGGCGCAUUGAGAACCCCCGCAUUCUGCUGCUCGAUUGCCCGCUCGAGUACAAGAAGGGCGAGUCCCAGAUUUCCGUCGAGAUCACCAAGGAGAAUGACUGGAACCGCGUCCUCCAGAUCGAGGAGGAGUUCAUCAAGAAGAUGUGCGACGACAUCAUCGCCCUCAAGCCGGAUCUGGUGAUCACUGAGAAGGGUCUUUCCGACCUUGCCCAGCACCACCUCCUGAAGGCCGGUAUCAGCGCCCUCCGUCGUGUCCGCAAGUCCGACAACCUGCGCAUUGCCCGCGCCUGCGGUGCCACCAUCGUCGACCGCACUGAGGACAUCAAGGAGAGCGACAUCGGCACCAAGUGCGGCCUCUUCUACGUCGACAAGAUUGGCGAUGAGUACUUCUCCUUCAUCGUCGACUGCAAGGAGCCCAAGGCGUGCACCCUGCUCCUGCGCGGUGCCUCGAAGGAUGUCCUGAGCGAGGUCGAGCGCAACCUGCAGGAUGCCAUGAACGUGGCCCGGAAUGUCAUCUUCGAGCCGGCUCUCCUGCCCGGUGGUGGUGCCGCCGAGAUGGCCCUUGCCACUCACCUCAACGAGUAUGCCAAGUCCAUUGAGGGCAUCCACCGUGGCCCGUUCGCCGCCAUUGCCAAGGCUCUGGAGGUCAUCCCCCGCACUCUGAUCCAGAACUGCGGUGGCAAUGUCAACCAUAUCAUCACCCAGCUGAAGGCCAAGCACGUCGCUGGCCAGCACACCUUCGGCAUCGACGGCGACCUGGGCACCCUGAACGACAUGGAGGCCGGCCCGCUCCACGUCUGGGAGCCUUUCUCCGUCAAGGCCCAGACCCUGAAGACUGCGAUUGAGGCGGCCUGCCUGCUGCUGCGCGUGGAUGACAUCGUCUCCGGCCUCUCCCAAAAGGGCGCCCACUAAGCGUGUAUGCAUAGCCAUGCACGUCCGCGCGCGCGCGCGUGUCUCUCUGCUCUUUGCUCCCCUUGACUCUCCCCCUCUUCUCCCCUGCGCGCCUGGCUCACCGCGCGCGCGCGCGCACAUGUGCGUGUGUGCCUUUCCCAUGCACCCACAAACACAUGGAAGAGACAGGCGCCGGGGGGGGGGGAGGACGCCCAGGCGGCGAGCCAGCAGAAAGAGAGCAAGAGUGAUAGGUGGCGGGAGAAAGCGGCGGCGAGUGCAAGGGGGGGCACCCACGCGCACGCACACACAUGCUCGUCGCUGGAUUCGGCCAUGGUGGUGCUCGGUGCCUCUCCUCCCUCGCGUCGCUCCUCUGCGCGUCUCCUCUCCCCCUUUCUCCAUGUCCUUCUCCGAUCGUGUCACCUCCUGGCCCUGGCGCUCCAGUCUCUCCCCAUCAGCGGCCACGCCAUGCACGUACUUCUGUGCACACGAAAGCUCCCCUUCCUCCUUGCCUCUCUUGCCCUCCCCUCUCCUGUAUGUUUCGGGCAUGUGCCAAUGCCUGCUCGGAGCCGGGCCAGGGGGGGAGGGGCCAUGCACGUCCUUUCUCCCCCCUCUCUCUCUCUCCCCCCCCCCCCCUCCCCCC